AAUGGGCAAUUCAAUGCGUCCGAUGCGUAGCUCCUCGCCUGGACCCAAGGGGCCACCUGGUGAUAAAGGUGAUGGCGGCACACCUGGCGAACGUGGCCAACCGGGCCAGAAAGGUGAACGCGGGGACCCCGGAAUGACUGGCGAAAAAGGUGAUAGGGGACAUCCAGGCGUGCAUGGCCCUAACGGUCAGAAAGGGGAACCUGGCCAACCAGGCGUACCGGGCAUGGCAGGUGCACCAGGUGCACCUGGCCUGAAAGGGGAUCGGGGUCUACCUGGUGAAUUGGGUCCCAUUGGGCCGCCUGGUCCACCCGGUGAAGUUGUAUAUGCGGAUAAUUCUUUGAACGGUACAAAUGCUGCAGCGGGAGGACAGUGUCAAUGUCCAGCCGGACCACCUGGUCCGCCGGGAAUGCGUGGCCCACAAGGCUAUGAAGGACCACCCGGUUUGAACGGCGAGCCUGGUCCAGCUGGGUCGAACGGUUUGACCGGCCUGCCUGGCUCCAAAGGUGAGAAGGGCGAAAAAGGUGUGCGAGGCCUGAGCGGCCCGAAAGGCGAUCGCGGACCCGAAGGACCGCCAGGGCAGGCCUUUUUCGCUGGCGGUUACGAAGGCAUGGCUAUGAAUGGCACCAAGGGCGAAAAGGGCGAGAAGGGUAUGCGCGGGAGACGCGGCAAACCGGGCCAAGCUGGACAAAUAGGACCGCCGGGCAAACCAGGUGCAAUGGGUGAUAUCGGGCACUCGGGACGACCUGGACUUCUAGGCCCCAAAGGUGAUAUGGGCAUGAAAGGACAGAAGGGUGAAACUGGCGGUCGAGAAGGCCCAAAAGGCGACAAAGGGGAUCGAGGUCAGGAUGGGCGUGAUGGUUUACCUGGUCCGCCUGGACUACCAGCAGCAGCCGGUGAAGGUGUACAAUAUAUACCAAUGCCUGGACCACCAGGACCGCCUGGUCCACCUGGUCAACCAGGCAUGCCCGGUUUGUCUAUAACCGGCCCGAAAGGUGAGCCUGGCAUGGAUUCGCGCAGUUACUACGGCGAUGCGUCUUACUAUGGACGGCCGGGUCCACCCGGUCCACCAGGUCCACCAGGCCCACCCAGCCACUCGCGUCAUGACGAUGAGGAAACACCAUAUUUUUCAGCAUCAUCAUGGAAUAUGCGAAUUGUACCUGGUGCGGUGACAUUCCCGAAUAUCGAUGAAAUGACAAAGAAAUCAGCAAUGAAUCCACCAGGCACAUUGGCCUACAUCACGGAAGAGGAAGCGCUGCUGGUGCGCGUCAACAAGGGUUGGCAAUAUAUUGCGCUUGGUACUUUGGUGCCCAUUGCCACACCCGCCCCACCGACCACUGUCGCACCACCGGUUCGCGUUGAUAUACAAUCAUCAAAUCUGCUAAACAAUCUGCCGCCGCUUUUAAAUACGCCAACGUGGUAUCCACGCAUGCUUCGCGUUGCUGCACUCAACGAGCCGUACGUUGGCGAUCUGCAAGGCAUACGAGGCGCUGAUUUUGCCUGUUAUCGUCAAGGGCGCAGAGCCGGUUUACUGGGAACCUUCAAAGCUUUCCUGUCAUCCAGAGUGCAAAAUCUUGACUCGAUUGUACGUGUCGCUGACCGCGAUUUGCCGGUGGUCAAUACCAGAGGCGACGUCCUUUUCAAUUCGUGGAAAGGCAUCUUCAAUGGCCAAGGUGGCUUCUUCUCGCAGGCGCCGCGCAUUUACAGUUUUAGCGGCAAAAACGUUCUAACGGAUCCAUUGUGGCCACAAAAACUGGUUUGGCACGGCUCACUACCCAACGGUGAGCGUUCGAUUGACACAUAUUGUGAUGCCUGGCACUCAGGCUCCAGGGAUAAGUUCGGUUAUGCCAGCAACUUGCUGGGGAACAAACUGCUCGACCAAGAGCGUCAAACUUGCGAUAGCAAACUAAUUGUGCUGUGCGUGGAGGCAUUGUCACAGGAUAGAAGGCGAAAGCGCGAUCUCAGCGGCAGCGAACCAGAGUUCCAUACGGCGGAAGCAUAUGCGCGCCACCUGAAGGAAGUGUUAACUUGAAAUUUUAAUUUACGCACAUAUUUGUCACAAAAGCGCGCCAUCAGGGGGCAUGAACUGCGCCAAAAACAUUUACGUCACUAUAAACCAGUCAGAAAUAAGCAACUACAUGAACAACAACGACCGAAACAAUUUUAAAAGGAAAUCGUAAAUCGAGUGGCGAUGCCAAACUACAAAAUUUAUGAUUUUGUCUUUAAACCCCCUAGAAAGCAGAAAACCAACGACAUACAAUAAUUAUUAUUACAUACUAUGAAGUAUUUCAUCCAAUUUUGUUCAUCUCAUACUGACAAAAAGUGAAAAUACAGGAUGUGCCAUCUUGCGUUUGGAAUUUGAUUCAACUCUCAACCGGCACUCAAAAAAAGUCACACAUAAAUCCUCACAUCUGAAAUUUCAUUCAUUCAAUACUCAAUGGCAAAUAAUUUGAAAUUUAUUAAUUAUUUUUAUUUGUCAACAAUUCAAAAUGUAGGAAGUAACAACAUAAGUUAUUCAAUUAAAUAUAAUAAGAAUUACUUCCAACUAAUUUUGUGUUUACCGCAGAUGAACUUUUCAUAAGAAUUGCUUGCAGAACACGAUUUACGCUCUUUUUACCGAAAAAACUCGCACCUAGAACAUAUCACCCGUUUUUUGAAGCAUGAUGGUUCUGCAGACUCUAAUUAUGCCGAUAGAAGCAGCAGGCAGGAGGCGUUCCCUUUAGGUAAUACUUUUCUGUGCAUUAUCUCUGGAUU